GGCGGCGAAAGCGAAACCGGUCUGGGCCGCUGCCUGGCUGUCUUCCUGCUCCUUGGCGGAGGAAGUUGCGACAGAAGAGGGCCGACGGAGAGGCGCCAUGGCCGGGGAGCAGCCUUCCUGGAGCGGGGUCCCUCUGGAGGCGCUGAACGUCGGGGUCCGUCGGCGGCUGUCGCUCUUCCUGAACCCGCGGAGCUCCUUGGCGGCGUCGGACUGGCGCUCCUUGGCGGAGGCGCUGGGCUUCUCCUACCUGGAGAUCCGGCUCCUGGAGGGCCGCCCGGACCCCACCGCCCAGCUGCUGGAGGAAUGGCCCAAGCGAGGCCCCGGACCCGGGGGAGAGGGGCCCGCCACCGUCGGAAGCCUGCUCCGGGCCCUGAGGGGCCUCCGGCGCCACGACGCCCUCCAGGACCUCUUGCCCCUCAUCGAGGAGGACUGCAAGAAGUACCUUCAGAGGAAAGAGCAGGAGCAGAUGGAGCAGCCUGUCCAGGUCCCGGCGGUGGACAGCAGCCUCCCACGGACAUCCGAAUUGCGAGGCAUCACCAUGUGGGAUGACCCCUCAGGGCAGUUACCAGAGAUGUUUGAUGCUUUCAUCUGUUACUGCCAGAAUGACCUUCCCUUUGUUCAAGAAAUGAUCCAGGAGUUGGAACAGACAGAACACAAGCUGAAGCUCUGUGUCUUUGAUCGGGAUGUCCUGCCAGGGACAUGCGUGUGGUCCAUCACAAGUGAACUUAUAGAGAGGCGAUGCCGGAGAAUGGUGGUGGUCAUUUCGGACGAUUACCUAGACAGCGAAGAGUGUGAUUUCCAGACCAAGUUUGCUCUAAGCCUCUCUCCAGGAGCUCGCCUCAAGCGCCUCAUCCCAGUGAAAUGUAGAAGCAUGAAGAAAGAGUUCCCGAGCAUCUUGAGGUUUAUCACCAUUUGUGACUACACCAAUCUUGCCACCAAAAAAUGGUUCUGGACACGAUUGGCCAAAUCUCUCUUGCUCCCUUGAUGUAAGACUACAAGACAGGGUGGUUUGUGGUUUGGUUUGGCUUGACUGUGCUUUUAGGAAGCAGUAGGCCUAUAAUCUUCACCACAAAUGCAAGCAAGCUUGAUUCAGUUCAACUCUGCUGAAUUUCUGGAAUGACAUGGUGCCUCAAAACUUGGCCAGGACAGGGGUGGUGCUGGGGAUGGAAGUUAAGGAAAGCUUAAGAUGCUUAAGAGAUAUUUGUCAGGUCUCCAUUCCUGCAUUUUAGUUGUUCUCUGUCCUGAAAAACUGGAGCACCAGGUAAAACCUGAUGGAGGAGAAGAGAGCAUUCAACAGCAAUGGCACGUGAAUUACUGGUUAUCUUCAACAAGGUGUUGAACAUCUUCUAUGCUGUUAAGUUUCAGGGCCAGUAAAGCAUCUUUUGUCCUGGUACAAGCUAACAAUUGGGCUAGUCCAGAAACCUUUUUCUGAUGCAGGUGAGUUCCAGAUACCUUAAAGCAAGAAUGAAGAAUGAAAGCCUUAUUGCAUGAGAAAAGAAAGCUGAAAGGGCGCAGGAGAGUAGUGGCUUUCUCCAAGCCCCUCUGCAUGCUGUCCUACCACUUCCGUCCUCUUCCAGGGUGAGACAGUUAUCAAAGCGUGCCUUUUGUUGUGCUGGACAAAUCUGUUUGGCACAUUUUGACAACCAUCUCCCUCAGGAAGAAUAAUGGAAAUGCUAUGACACUAUGCAAAAUGGCACAGAGAAAGUUGCUACUCUCCUGCUCCAUCUCAGCUUUCUUUUCUCAUGCGAUAAGGCUCUUCAUUCUUGAUGAAGAAGGGCUUAUGUUUUAUGGAGUGCCAAUAUGUAGAUGCAACAUGAAAAACUUCUGUACACACACAGACAUGUACUGUGUAUGCCUGGGUUCUGGGCCAGGAUCCUGCCACUUUUUAUUGUUGUACCUCUCCAUCUGUGAAAUCAAUGCAGAGCAGAAGUUUGUAGCCUUCUCUUCUUAAGAAGACAAUAGCCAAACUUUGGAAACAAUGACUAGAAACUUCAGUUUCAGUUUUCAUUUCCACUUUCUUCUUACUAAGGGUACUUAACUGCUUAGAGACUACUGGGUUCUGUAUGAAGCAGUAUAGAAAAGUAGAUGCUAUUGCUAAAUGCUGUUGCAUCCGCACUAGAAAUAAUGCAGUUUGACACCACUUUAAGUACUGUAGCU